AGUCCUGGCGGAGAGGAUGACGGAGGAGGCAGGAGGUGGACUCCUCAGCCAGAGUUAAAGGCAAGAGGCGGCAUGGGCUUAAAGAGAGGGGAGUGAGGCAGUACAGCUGGAGGAAGGAAGAAGCCGACAGAAGCACAUACUAGGGCAGCAGCAGGACUGGGCAAGUAGCCAAAUCAUGUCGCAUGUUGUCUCCUUCUAGAGAUGGAACUGGAAAACGGGAAGCCCCUUCAGGAUGGGACUGCUCCCUCUACACCAACCCAUGCAGCAGAUACUUCUGGGACUGUGGGAAAUGGAUGUUCCACAGAGGAAGAAUCGGCCAAAGACAUGGCCCAGAAGAUGUCUGACAAAGAUUCUGCGGAAGUGGUUGGGGCUGAGCCCAAGAAGGAAGAAAAGAGAACAGGGGAGGCCCAGUCUGAGGCCAAGAUAGAGAAUGACGAGGAAGCCAAGUCUGAUCCCAAGAAGGAGGUUGAUGCAAAAGAGGAGGCCAAAUCUGUACCUCAGGGAGAGGCAGGUGGGGAAAAAGAGGCUGAGUCUGAAUUGAAAAAAGAGGCUGAUGGGAAAGAAGGAGCCAAGUCUGAACCCAAAGAAGAGGCUGAUGGGAAAGAAGGAGCCAAGUCUGAACCCAAAGAAGAGGCUGAUGGGAAAGAAGGAGCCAAGUCUGAACCCAAAGAAGAGGCUGAUGGGAAAGAAGGAGCCAAGUCUGAACCCAAAGAAGAGGCUGAUGGGAAAGAAGGAGCCAAGUCUGAAGCCAAAGAAGAGGCUGAUGGGAAAGAAGGAGCCAAGUCUGAACCCAAAGAAGAGGCUGAUGGGAAAGAAGGAGCCAAGUCUGAAGCCAAGAAAGGGAAUGAUAAAGAAGAAGCCAAACAUGACUCAAUAGAGGAGACAACAAAGGAGUCAGAGAAGGAGAAUAAGGAGACUUCCGGCUCAGAAUUGGAGACAGAAACCAUUUCAGACACUCAAGUCACCCAGGACAUAGGUGGUACUGAAGGAGAGCCAGGCCAUGGAGCUGAGAAGGAGCAAGGAGAAGGCUCAGGAGCAAUGCCCAGCUCACCAGAGGAGUGGCCAGAGAGCCCCACAGGAGAGGGACAGGAACUCAGCCCAGAUACUAUUGGUCCAGAGAGCCCAACAACCAGUGACUCCUGCCCCAGUGAUGUGCCCCAGAGUCCCACAGGUCCCCCACCCUCUGAGGAGAAGAAGAAGGAGAAGCCAUCAGAAUACAGAGUCUCUGCUCCAAGCCGACCCAGAGGGCCCAGGGCUCAGAACAAAAAAGCCAUCAUGGACAAGUUUGGGGGGGCAGCAACGGGCCCUGCCCCCCUCUUCCGGAACGCAAAGGCAGCAGGGGCAGCCGUGGGCAGCGUCAGAAACAUGCUGCUUGAGUGGUGCAGAGCCAUGACCCGGAACUAUGAGCAUGUGGACAUACAGAACUUCUCCUCCAGCUGGAGCAGCGGGAUGGCUUUCUGUGCCCUCAUCCACAAGUUCUUCCCCGACUCCUUUGACUACACUGCCCUCGAUCCCAAGAAGCGCCGGGAGAACUUCACCCUGGCUUUCUCUACUGCUGAGAAUCUGGCUGACUGUGCCCAGCUGCUGGAAGUGGAUGACAUGGUCCGGCUGAGUGUCCCUGACUCCAAAUGUGUCUACACCUACAUCCAGGAGCUCUACCGCAGCCUUGUGCAAAAGGGACUGGUGAAAACCAAGAAGAAAUAAGGAACGUGGGCGCCUCCAGCAGGAGCAGCCCAGAAGGACAUCUGGUUGAUGCUGAGGGGGCUUCCCCUUGCUCUUGGGCAUCCCUCAGCUAUUUAGCAGAUGACUAAAGGUGAGGGGAGGAGAGGGGCAAAGGGGGCUGCAGAGUCACAGCCUGGGGUCCCCGGGGCCCAUGCCCCAGCCUCUCAGUAUACCCCACUUUCACCCCAAGAUAAGGAAGAGUCUCCACAGAACAGGCCAAACAAACUUUCCUAAGAACACUCCAUCCUGUCUGCUUUCUUAACUUCUCAAAUCGCCUCUCGAGCCUAUAGCAUCCUACACAAAUCGUGGGAGGUCCUUGGGACAGAUAUUAUUAUCCCCAACUAUUAUCACCAAUUUACAGAUUAGGAACCAAACAUCACUAAGGAACAAAUGACUUGACCAAGAUCACACGACUAAUUUGGGGGCAGGACUGAAACAAGAACCCAGAUCUUCUGACUUUCAACUCCCUGCUCUUUCACAGAAUCCUAGUCCAUGGGAGUUAGAGAUUGUAGGGAUCAUAGAUAAUAAGAGCAUAGAAAAUGAACUUAGCAAAUAUCUACUGUUAUAGAGUAUCUGUUUUCCAGGUGAGGAAAACCAGAGAGACCAAGUGACUUGCCAAAGAGUAAUAAGUAGUAAGGUUGAAAUUUGAACCCAUUUCCAGUGAUUCUGCAUUCAGUCCUUUGGCCAUGAGACACCAUUAUGCCUAGUACAAACCAGACUGGGGCUGAACUUCUGGGCACUGGAGACAACCCACACAAAGUCAUAAGAAGGUCAGGGUUUAGAAGCUGGGUGGGGAAGCAACUAGGUGGCAAAGUGGUUAGAGCAUCCGCCCUGGAGUCAGAAGGACCUGAGUUCAAAUCUAGCCUCAGAUGCUUACUAGCUGUGUGACCCUGGGCAACUUACUUAACCUCAAUUGCACCCCCCCCCAAAAAAAAAGUGGGAUGAAAAAUGACUGCUUUUCCAUCAUCCUGCAACUUAGGCUACAUCUCUAGCCACUGACAAAUGUCCUUUGGGGUAACUUAGCCAUUCAUUCAUUCAUUCAAUAAAUCAACCAUUCAUUCACUA